AUGUCCUACAGCUCAGAUGACGAAGAUCUGGAGUGCCCGCUCUGUCUCGAGGAGAUCGACCUGACGGACAAGUAUUUCAAACCGUGUCCGUGCGGCUACCAGAUCUGCCGGUUCUGCUGGAAUCACAUCAAUGAAAACCUGAACAAGCUCUGUCCAGCGUGCCGGCGGCCGUUCAGUGAUAAGGACAUUGAGUUUACCCCUAUAUCUCUUGACGAAGUCAUGCGCAUUCGAAAUGCAAAGAAGCAGAAGGAGCGCGAACGUCGUGAGCAGGAAAAUAACGCCAAACGGCAGCUGGCGAAUGUCCGAGUCGUCCAGAAAAACUUGGUCUAUGUCCUCGGAUUGCCAUUGCGGCUUGCAACUGAUGAGAUCCUCAAGUCGAAUGAUUUUUUCGGCCAGUUUGGAAAAAUCAUGCGGGUUGUCGUCAACCGGCGCGGCGGCCAUUCGCACGCAAAUGCUCCCCUGAUGGCCGACAUGGCCCAGACAGGCGUCUAUGUGACCUACUACAAGAAAGAGGAUGCCAUGAAGGCCAUCGAGGCUGUGGAUGGCUCGGUGUUAGAGGGCCGUGUCAUUCGGGCCACUUUCGGCACCACAAAGUACUGCUCGUACUUUCUGAAAAACCAGCCAUGUCCCAACGGCAUGUGUCCUUAUCUCCAUGAAAUCGGAGAAGACGCCGACGCAAUCGAGAAGGAGGAGAUGGCGUGA